UGUAACGUGGAAUUCUCGCCAUCUUCCCCGCUGCCUAUGAAGCGCAUGUCAUUAUUGGCAAAGAGGUAGGCAAUUUUGAUCCUUCUUUCUCUGGACAAGGAAAAACCCUUAUAAGGAUAGAUGACUUCAGCUACUAUUCUGGCGGGCCUCAGUUAGUUGGAUGGAUAGGCAAAGCUGGAUCCGGCUGUGGGACCCUAAGAUUCUUACUAAGCUGAAAGUCUUUGUCUGGCAAAUUCUUCAUCGGGCUCUGCCAACCACGGAGGCUCUCAUUGAAAAGAAGGUUCCUGUGUUGCCCCAGUGUCCAGUAUGUUGGGAUGGUCCCGAGACUAUGGAGCACAUGUUUCUUUACUGUCCGGUCGCGCGGGCUCUCUGGGACUACUCGGGAUUUGACUAUUUAGGGGAGGGUUUGCCUCGGCAUACCGUUUCCGUUAUUUCUUAAGCGGAUGCUCGCCCUUGUCCACCACCCGUCGCUGUUUAUGGUUGUGGUUGCCAUCCUUUGGCGGAUCUGGCGAUCACGGAACUGGGUUGUCUUUGAAGGCAAACAGUUUGGGAUUCCGGCUUUAAUGCGCCAAUUUCACCAGCAGUACGAGGAAUGGGUGGGUCUGUCGGUUGACCAGCCGACGAGGAUAUCCUGCCCGGUGGUUCAACCAGGAACCCAAGUGGUUGAUUCUCGUCUGGUUUGCAUGUGGGAUGGGCCCACUAGGAGGGGGUCCCACUCGGCUGGUGGGAUGGUUCUUUUUGAUCCGGGGUGGACGCUCCUUAGGGCUAAAGGUGUGCAAUUUGCGCAAAUUGAUGAGCCACUGGUAGUGGAGUUGCUUGUGCUUCGAGAGACUAUCAUAUGGUAUUUAGAGGGUGACUUGUCCGAUUAGGUUCGAGGGUGAUGCGAAGGUCAUUAUUGAUAAUAUUAAUCAAGCCGACACGAGCGA